UGCGUGCGCGUUCUUGUGCGACGGCUGUUUCGGCCGGGAAUCUCGUCACCCCCGGCUGCUGCCGCCGCCGCCGCCGCCGCCGCCCGCGCCUCCCCCUCCUCUUUGGGAGUGGACUCUCCUCGCUCUCCUGAGUCCUAGCGCGCCUCCUGCCCCCUCCUCCGACCACCCCUCGCCACUUGCUCUCCCGCCAUGCUCUCGGGAGGCUCCGCAUGCUGGUUAGCCUUGGUUCUUACCUCGGCGCUUCUGCUACACGGAGGCGUUGGAACGAGUUUGGAAGAUGGACUGGGUGAAUCUAAAAGAACAGAGGUUGCCAAAGAUUUAAGAUUUGACUGGACUGACUCUUUGUACAAGCAAAUAGAACGAUUCAGACGUGGAAGUGGCAAACCCAAGCAAAAUCCUCCGUCAGAUUUUGACUUGCACGAUGCCUUAGAUCUUCAGCCAACCCCUAAAUCCCCUCCAAAGAAAACAGAUUCUGAACUUCUUGGUUUCGACUUGAGCGAUGCCUUGGAUGAUGGAAAUGAUGGAUUCAAUGAUGGUGGAAGGAAGCCCAAUAAAAAUCCUGGUGGAGGCUUUUCAGAUAAGGAUCUGGAAGAUAUCAUAGGAGGUGGCUACCAACCUGAUAAGGGUAAAGGUGAUGGCAAGUAUGAAAGCAAUGAUGACUCUGGAUCUGGAGUGAUAGCAGAAACUGGGACCAUUGCUGGUAUAGCCAGUGCCCUUGCAAUGGCACUCAUUGGAGCAGUCUCCAGUUAUAUUUCCUAUCAACAAAAGAAAUUUUGCUUUAACAUACAGCGGGGUCUCAAUGCAGACUAUGCCAAAGGACAAAACCUGGAAGGUGUGAGCACUGAAGAACCUCGAGCAUUCAACAGUACAUAUUACUGACAUGGACUUCGGAGAAGAAGAGAUUUCUUCAGACAAGAUAAGAAGAUGGAAAAUCUGAAGUUUUGGUAGGUAUAUUGCAUGCAACAAUAACAUAACAGCAUAUAUAAAAAGUAGAGUUAAUUUUAGGAGAUUUUAUUAAGAUAGGGCUAUAGUUAGAUUAGGAUACUGAAUUACAUUGCAACACAUGUAUCACAUACCACAUAGUGUGUAUUAUAUUUAGGGUUAAAAUUAUAUUAGUGCAUAGGUAGAUGUGUAUAUGUAAAAUAUGUAUGUAGUUAAUAUAUGAUGCUAAUUAAGUGUUUACAUAGGAUACUUAUAAGGUUCUUUGUAAAAGUUCAGUUUCCUGUAAUAAGAAUAAGGUUAUAAGUUAGAAUUAGUUUGAGUUAAAUUUUCAUUUAUUUUUUAAUGUAUUUUGCAUAAGUAAGUUUGAUGGAUUGGUUUAAUUUUUUUUGUAAAAGCUUAUGCAAUGUGUUAAUUGGAUUUAAAAAAUACUUUUAAGUUUUCUAUUUAUGCAUUACAAUAGUAACAGAAUUUUUCUGUAUUCACUUAUAAGAAUAGUAUUUUUAUGAUUUUAAUGUUUUGCGUUUCUAUUUUGAUGGUUUUGCUUUGUAAUUUUGAACUUUGUAACCUUUCAGUGUAUAAUUUUUCUCUUUUCUUUUCCUUGAUCUAAUUCCCUAGAGUAAGGUAGUGUUAGAUAGGAUAAGAUAAGUGAGUAUAGACUGUUUAUUGUUUUGGGUAAGAAUUUUAGUUUAGGUGGAAUAUAAGUUUGUUAGUGCACAAAUGACAAAAUAUUGUCUUCAACACUAUUUUGAAUUUGUUCAAAGGGGGGAACUGUUAUGAGCAAAGUUAAAUAGAUUGUGAGUUUGCAGACUGAUAGCAAGGGGCAAAGUUCUGGAAUUCAAGGAGAGCAGCUGCUGUUGGAGAAAGACAGUUAAGUUAAGCCAAGGGUUGUGGCUUUUCCCCUCUGGGUAGACCAGAGGAGAAUUAGUUUUUCCCUGUAGAUUUGACUGCUUGUUCAUCACAUAUUACUGCUGCUUGGAUUAUCUUGUACCUGUUGGCCUUUGACACCUACUGAAUUCCUGUACUAUGACAACUAACAGCUAAUCAUCGCUGAGCCCUGUCAGAUUUGCACACAGACAUUUUACCUUUAGAUUAUUGUGGGUGGGUAGCAUUAGCUUAGUUAAGUUUAGUAAAUUUGGAGUAUAAAGUAGGGAACCAUUCAGAAGCAAUCUCUGUGGAGAGAUUUGUAGAUCUGGGGAGGUAUAGAUAUUUAUAACAGAGUAACGUAUAACCAAAUCCCUUCCAACCUAUCCUUAUUGUAUUAUCUGUAAUUUAUAACCUAGAGGUAGGGGUGUGUGUGGAGAGAUAGAACAUAUGUAGACACUUUCCUACUUUUCUUAGGAUUAUCAUAGUGUUAAUGAAACAAAGAGAAAUACUGCUCUAAUGUGGCCAGGUAAGGACUAUGCAUCCAUACUGAUGUGGGAGGUAAUGUUUGGUGCAAAAUAAUGUCAUGACUCGCAAGAAUGAGUUGUGUUGGUGUGAAUUUAUGCAAUGUAGGAAAAUGGUGCAGAAUUAGCAAUUAAAAUUUUUUAUUUUACUUAUUUUUCAGUUUCCAAUCAAAUAUACUUGAUUUUAUGCAUGUUGAAUUUGUGUAAAAUGAGAUUUUAAUGGAUUUUGAUCUGAGUUAUUUGUCUUGAUUUUGUAUAGAUUUUAAAGUUUUAAUUUCCAAUAAUUUACCGUAUCUUCUAUUUUAGUUUUCCAUGUUCUAAUUUGUAUAAUUUUAAAUUUUAUACAAUUAAGACUGUUUGCAUUACUCUUCACAGUCACAUCUAUUCCAGUCCUAAUUCUAUUUUGUAAUUUUUUAAAUGACUUAACAUUUGAGUAGUUCAUGCAUUUGACAUUUAUUGUUCUGUAAUGUAAAAGAUGCUGGUAGAAAUCUAUUUUUAGCUUGAAUGGUUUUCAUUUUUUGUAGCUAUUUUUGUGAAACAUGAAAACCAUUUCCUUAUAGUUUGUGCCUUUGUGUUUAGAGUGGCAAAGUUUCCUCACUAAAUUUGUAUCUCAUCAUUUACUCUAUUGUUUUCCAGUACCCAAUAAGUUUUAUCUUGGUGGCUUUGUAGACUAAUAAGAUUUGGUUAUAUCAAUCUUCCCUAUUUCACUUUCCUUGGAAGCUUGCCUGUUUUUCUUUUAGUAUCCUUAGAAUACCAUCAGAGGGGAACAAUUAAGCCAUCCUUUCCCCCAUCUGUUUUCUAUUCUAUUUUUACCUGAUAGUAUCCUUAGCAUCUGUUAGUUGAUGAUGGUCCACUAUGGUAGAGAUUUUAAAACAUCCCAAUUUGAAGGAAACCAUAGUUCAGGGGUAAUAAGAUGGGGCCCCAAUCUGGAACUAUGCUCAAAGGGAACUAAAAGACUGCCUGCCCUUUGAUCCAGCCAUAGCACUGCUGGCUUUGUACCCCCAAGAGAUAAUAAGGAAAAAGCCCUGUACAAAAAUAUUCAUAGCUGUGCUCUUUGUGGUGGCCAAAAAUUGGCAAAUGAGGAGAUGCCCUCCAAUUAGGGAAUGGCUGAACAAAUUGUGGUAUAUGUUGGUGAUGGAAUACUAUUGUGCUAAAAGGAAUAAUGAACUGGCGGGAUUCCAUGUGAACUGGAACAACCUCCAGGAAGUGAUGCAGAGUGAGAGGACCAAAACCUGGAGAACAUUGUACACAGACUGAUACACUGUGGUACAAUUGAAUGGCAAUGCAAUGAUCCAGGACAAUUCUGAAGGACUUAUGAGAAAGAACACCAUCCACAUUUAGAGGAAGAUCAUGGGAGUAGAAACAUAGAGGAAAAAGAACUGCUUGAUUAUAUGGGUUGAGGGGAUAUGGCUGGGGAUACAGACUCUAAAGGAACAACAACAUGGAAAUAGGUUCUGAUCAAGGACAUAUGUAAUACCCAGUGGAACUGUGCGUCAACUACGGGAAGGUAGAGAAGGAAUAAUGUUCUAAAUUGACUAAAUAAAAUUUCAAAAACAAAAAGAUAAGAUGGGGUCUGAAGUCAGAUAGACCAGGUUCAAAACCUUGGAAGCUAGAUACUGACUAUUAACAGCAAUUUAGCUGAAUAUUUCUACAUUCUCUAGCAGUAAAGUUCAGCUAGACCUAAUUAAGUUUGGCAAAUCCUGUACUGUUUCUCUUAUCCUUGCACACCUGUGAAAGAUGUAAUCUUGUGAAUGUUUGGAAUUCAUUUUUCUGUAAUGUGAAAAGUGAUGAUAGCAAUGUGUCUAGAGCUAAGUGCUUCCCCCUUUUUUGUGGAACAGAGGGCCCCUUUCUUUGCAGUUUGUGCAUUUGGCAGAUCAAGGCUGUGGUGGCUUAGUGCACUUCUUUCUUAUCUAAUGUCCUCAUUGACUAUUGUUUUUCUGUAUCAGCCAAGUUUCAUCACAGUAGUGUCUUAGGUAAUAUUUAAAAACAGUAGAGUAAAUGUAGAAUUGUGGAAUUACUUGAGAUUUGCUUGUAACAAGGUGUGUGCCUGCCUGUCCUACUUUGUUUGGAAGUUUGCCUUUCUUUUUCAUAAUGUCUCUAGAAUAGUCCCCUCAUGUUUUUUUCUAUCAUUCAUUUUCCUGAUGGCAUCCUUAAUACCUGAACAUCCUCAGUAGAGUAUUAGAGGGAACAAUUAAGGCAACUCUUACCUUAUCUAUUUUCUAUCAUCCGUUUCUUCAAUGGCGUCCUUAUAGUAGUAAGAAGCCAUAGCUCAGUGGUAACAAGACGGGGCUCCAAGUCAAUCAGAACUGAGUUUCAAUCUGCAGAAGGCAGCUGCCACAAUGGAACGCCAACCAUGUCUCAUAUUUAUUCUCCAUGUCCUAGUAAUAAAUUUCAAUUUGAUAUAAUUAAGAGCAUUGCUGUGAUAAUAUCCCAUUGAUGUUAUGCAGAAUUAUAUUUUUUCACUUUUCCUCCAUAUCUGUGAAUGACAAGAUCAUAUUAAAUUUGUUAGAUCUUGUAUGUGGAAUGUAUUAUAUAAUGUGACAGUAAUCUGUUUUUAGGUAUGAUGAUUUUCAUUUGUUCACAGCAAUAUCUGUGGAAUGGAGAGACCAUUUCCUUGUAGAUAAAUUGUGAUUUGAUUCUGUGAA